AGCGCGCAGUUUCCAAUGUAUUUAAUCGAUUAUUCACUUGGACGAUUGUCCUAUUUGUCAUACCGCAAUGUCCUUUACUCAUACUUCCUUUUGUCCCGCUGAAUAUCAUUCGUCUACAUCAAAAUAAUCCCCCAGGAAUUCCGUCAGUCAGGAAACAAUGGACGAUCUCGAUAAACAAUUGGCGGAGCUCCAGCUGAUGAACAAUGCCGAUUUGUUACCCAAUCCGAACUUUGGAAAGAAAAUCGGCCCCGCGGUCCCACCCAAGCCCAAAAAACCUCAACCGCAGGUACCCUACUCGCACACAGUCAAACAAGCAGCCGAGCCGCUGUACUCCUCCAGGUUGCCGAGUGCAAAUUCCUCACUCUUGUACUCUAAUGUGCCCCCGCCGUCGCACUCCUACUUUAACGCGUCGACUUUGCCGAUGGGACAGAACUACAAUACGUACGCGAACGUCCCGAAUACCAUAAACGAACCCCUGACCAACUCGACCAUUCCGAUUAGCUCAAAUUUCGUUCCGAAAGCGUACACGAAACCGGACCAGCACGUGCUCUACAGCAACAUUCAGGUGGCGCCGCGGAACAACGACAACCUCAUCUACAACAACUUGCCUCACUCGACUCGUGAGACAGUCUACAGCAACGUCUACACGAAUGGAACCGACGAUUUACCUCCACCACCCCCACCUCUGGAGGUCAUGAACGAUUACGCACCAUGUACAGUUAACACCAACCUGCCGCCCCCACCCGACGACCUACCGCCGCCCCCAUCCCCGGUCAGCUCGAGCUACAGCGAGCUUAGACGGGCAACGCUUCCAGAGGAUUACCCCAACUAUUUAGGAUCACAGGCAUCGUCAACGUACGAGUCGAUUUAUGAGCCCAUCAACCCAAGACCGCCUAGUCAAAUGUCGUCCCGGUCGAAUUACUCCCUCUACGCGCCGUACGUGAGCGGCGGCAGCAACAUGUCGGGACCGAGUCAGUCGGCGAGUCGCGUCGGCGUGCGCAAGGAGCAGGAGGUCGACACGCUCACCGACCUGCUCGUGCAGGGAAUGGAGGACAACGUCGAGGUCGACUAUUACGGCAUAUGCGUCAAGUGCGGCGAAAAGGUCGUCGGCGAGAAUAGCGGCUGCACGGCGAUGGAUAAGAUCUAUCACACCACCUGUUUCACGUGCCAGCAUUGCGCCAUUAACUUGCAGGGGAAGCCGUUUUAUUCGCUCGACGGGAAGCCGUAUUGCGAGGAGGAUUACUUGAAUACGCUUGAGAAGUGCUGCGUCUGCACGAAGCCGAUCUUGGAUCGCAUACUACGGGCGACCGGCAAGCCCUACCAUCCGAAGUGCUUCUGUUGCGUAAUCUGCGGGAAGAGCUUGGACGGAAUUCCGUUCACGGUCGACGCGACGAAUCAGAUACACUGCAUCGAGGAUUUUCACAAGAAAUUCGCGCCGAGGUGUUGCGUCUGCAAGCAGCCGAUCAUGCCCGAACCGGGACAGGAGGAAACCGUCAGGGUGGUCGCACUGGAUCGCAGCUUCCACAUUCAGUGCUACAAGUGUGAGGAUUGCGGUUUGGUACUCUCAUCCGAGGCGGAAGGUCGAGGCUGCUACCCACUGGAUGACCACGUCUUAUGCAAAUCGUGCAACGCGAAACGAGUCCAAUUGCUCACCCGUCAUAUGACUACCGAAUUAUAAGCACUUAGCUAUUAGGGUUUUCUGGGGAUCUUCGCUUAACUUGCCAGCUUAUUUAUACAAGAAAUAACAUUCCACUUCUUUUUACGUGCCAAUAUUGAAUGUGAUUUAUAUUAAAAUUAACACAAAAUGUAAAAAUUAUAGAAUUUGUUAAAAAG